AUGCCGCAAGGCAAUGUCGGCACUAGCUCGUCGGUUUUCUUCGACCAGAUCCGCAGUUGUCGUCUCAGUCCGGAGGUUAUCAGAAAACUUCACCUCACCUUCCCGCGGUCGCUGCGAAACCACCGGUACGGAGCUGUCCCCUUAGAGUACUCCUCACUCGACGAAUUUGCCUGGCGCCAGGCCGACAGCCUACGCAAGGAGGAGUUUUUCGAUGAGCCGGCAUCCUUUGACUGGGACAUUGACAUGCAGCACUACGAGGACAACGGCAGCGGCGGAGGUAGCAGCCUGUUUUCCUGUCGUCCCCAACAGGGCGGUGUGGACCUGGACUCUUGCCAGUUGAUGGAAAUGCAGGGCAUUGAAGCGGGCGCGAGUUCUGUUGCGCCCAGCCGACCCUCCCGCAACAAGCCGAGUCAUGGGAAGGUGAGAUGA